UGAGUCGCCCGGGACAGCUGACAGAUCAGAUGCUGGGAAAGUGAUUGGAUGAGGAUGUGAAGGUGAAGCAGAUCUCAGGUCGGGGAAACUGAUCCUGAAACCACAAAACAGGAGACACCUGGAAUGGGUUGGACCUUCUUCUUCUGAUGCUUCCUAUCUGCAGAGAUCACAUAGUGCACACUCAGUGGAAAGCCAACCAAAAUUCUCCAAACCAGACAGGACAACCAUGAUGUCUCCAGACGACCGGGCCCUCGAGGAGCUGCUGUACGGCAGUGACCUUGGUGACGACACAGAGGGGGGUGCGCUCAGUGUUGGCCCGACAGCAGUGGAAGAAAGUUCUGCUUCAGAAAAUACUCCGACAGCUGUGUCCAUCAACGAGCCAUUGAUGUGUGGUGGAUGUGGUGAGCAGGUGUGCGACCGCUUCUUCCUAUUGGCCGCAGGGAGGGUGUGGCACGGCGUCUGCCUGCGCUGCAGCCAGUGUCACUGCGAGCUGCAGACACACCCGUCCCUCUUCUGGAGGGACGGAAACAUCUACUGCCAGCAGGACUACUGCAGGUUGUUUGGAGGUGGCCAGUGUGCACGCUGCUUCCAGCCAAUCCCACCCUCUGCUUUGGUCAUGAGGUCUGGAGAGCUGACCUUCCAUCCUCACUGCUUCUCCUGUCAGGAAUGUGAUGUGAAAUUAAUGCCAGGGAACCUGUACUGCAUGCAGGGCCCAAAUCCCUACUGUCAGUCGCACUAUUAUGGUGAUGGGGGAAACACGGCACCACACGACCCCUCUGUGAAGCUCAACCUGAAAGAGGAAAUGGGUCAAAACCAGGUCUCAGGUGAUGGGGAUGAGUCCGUGAGCAGUCCGGAACCACGACUGGAUGACCAGGGGGCGAGUGGGCGGAGUCGCAGGCGGACCAAGCGAAUCAGGACCUGUUUCCGCAGCGAGCAGCUCAGAGCCCUGGAGUCUUAUUUCGCCCAAAAGCAUAACCCUGAUGGGAAAGACUGGACCUGUCUGGCACAUAAGACUGGCCUGCCCAAGAGAGUCCUGCAGGUGUGGUUUCAGAAUGCUCGAGCCAAACUGAGGCGUUCGCUCAACUCUGAUGAUUCUCAGGUAAACUCUCCUUCCGCUCCACCCCGAGCUGUUACCAUGUCAGCCUGCUCUCCACCGGACCUGGCACAGCCCUUUCCCACCAGCACCAUCGACCAGCUGCAGCUCUCCCUGCUCACUGCUCCCAUCAGCGAGCCAUCAGCAAGCCCGGCUGUCAGUCAGUCCUCCCAGCAGCUACCACAAAGCCCUGCCUUUUUCCUAGACUACAACUCCCAUGGGGAACCAGGGUGUAUCUCCUCUCUGGACUCCCAUGAGGACUUUAGGGAUGCGGGAGAAGAAUUGGAAAGGGAGGGUGAUCCUGAUCGUUUCAGAUCCCAUUUCUGCUAGUUUGUGUGGCAGCAAUUACAAUGUCUGUCGAGAUUAGAUGAUAGUUUAGGUUUUAGCUUUUCUGCAAAUGCGUGUCAGUCCAGCAACAACCUUCAUGAAGUACCAUGCCACAAUUUCAUGGAAAUGCAUGUGUUUCAUUUGAGUGGAUAAACUAUUUUCUAUUUCCUCUAUAUUUAGUUCCAUUGCCUUUCUUUACGCGGAGAUGACCUACAUGUGUAUGAAUUAAGCUGAAAUUAAUUGGCAAAACUUUUUUUUUCUCUAAUUUGCCUUCACCAACUGAAUGAAUCCCAGUCUCAAAUAAUCCCAAAAAAUUAAUCUACUGGUGGGAUUUAUUUGUCACGCGUUUCAAAUUACCCUGUUUGCUUAAGGUGAGGAAUUAAACAUGGCUGGCAUUAAAAUGGAAACAAUCUUAAACCUGUUCCACAUGAAACCUGCCAGACAAACAAACAGAAAUCUAACAGAAAUAAAUAUAUUGAAAGACGUUCUUGGUGGCAGGGCCAAACAAAAAGAUUUUCCCCUGCAGAAACACAACUUCAUAAAUUAAUUCUUAAACAUUAAACAAACAAGUCAUGUUUAAAUUACUUCAAAUUCAAAAUUCAGCCUGCUUUACUCAAAUUUUCACUUCCUUUUUCCACUUUUUGUUACUCAUCCACUGGUGAUUCAUAAACCCAUUUCACCCCACCUGCUUCUACGUCAAACUCCGUAAUUCAUUCAUCUUUUCCAAUCGUGGUCAUCUUCCUGGUAUACCUUAAAACUAUUCAUCUUAACAAAGCUGUGAUAAAAGGAAAAAAACAGAAGAAAGCUUUGCCCUUUAUUCAUUCAAAAUCUAACUGGCUGGAAAUCUCAAGUUAUUCAAAAUCAAGGACCUUGUGAUGAGCAUGGUCCUCCUCUUCUUUUGUCGCAUAAUUGAUGGUAUUCUAAUUCAUGGCGUAGCAUCAUUUGGUUAAAGGUGUGGAUUUAUCACAAGAUGAUUAUGGCAUUCUUUCAGGUGCGUCUGUGCUUCCCCUGUGAGACGAUCUCAAUUAUGAGUAUAACAAUAAAAGAAAGCUG